GGUAGCGCAAUUGCUACGUUUGCGUUUGUAAACGCUACUGGAAGUUAACUUCUUUAUGAUUUUUGAUUCGAGGGUCCAAAGUUGGUGUCAUUAAUGCUUCUGAUUCGACGAAAUUUAUUUGCUCUUAAUUCUCUAGAUUUUUUCUUUUAUUUCCCAAGAUUUUUGUUUUUUUUUUCCUUCAUAAUCUCUUUCAAACUCCAAGUCUUUUUGUAAGAACACAAAAAUUCAGCAAAGGGUCUCUUUUCGAUUCCCAAGCUUUCUCCUCUAAAUAACUUAUUGGCGUUGAAAAAAUGAAUCGGAACCGAAGAAGAAACGUUAAUCAGCCUCACGGCGUUGGGAGACAGAUUCCAGGAUGUUUGGGUCGGAUGGUUAAUCUAUUCGAUUUUGGAACAGUUGGUAAUGGAAAGAAAUUGCUCACUGAUAAACCCUACUUUGAUGAUGGGUCUAUCAAGAGGAAUCAAUUUGAUCAAAUAGAGGAUAACGUUGCUUUGAGGAAUGAUUGUACCUUUGGAGUCAAUGGAACACCGAUGAAGAAGCUUCUUGAAGAGGAAAUGUCGAAAGAAAUUGAAUUUAAGCUCGGUUCGACGAAUUUGGUUGCAAAGCUAAUGGGUCUUGAUUCCUUUCCUCAGACACCACAACCUAAUGGAAUUGCUCAGAGGAGUAACAGCUCAAAGUCUCGGCUAAAGAGAUCUUUAAGCCAGGGGGAAUAUAAAGAUGUCUAUGAGAUUUGGCAGAAACCUGGGGAAGAUUUAAGCAAGAAGAAGAUGGACUUGGUCCGUGAAAAGUUCUUGGAGGCCAAACGUUUGGUUACAGACGAUAAACUUCGACAUUCCAAGGAGUUUCAAGAAGCUAUGGAGUAUUUGAGUUCCAACAAGGAGUUGUUCCUCGAGUUUUUGCAGGAGUCGAAUAACUUCUUCUCUCACCAUCUCCAAAGUUUCAAGUCCAAAGCACCACCAACCCCAGAGAAGUCAAAGCGGAUCACUAUAUUGAAGCCUUCAAAGUUCAUUGAUGAUGCAAAGUUAGGAAAUGAAGCAGCCAUUGAUUCUUUGGGAGACUGUAUGAAGAGUGAAAAUGGUCUUCAUUUGUUCAAUUGGCCUGUUGAAGAAGAACAUCCGACAAAGCAAUCAACUCGAAUAGUUGUUCUGAAACCUAGUAGCCAUGUCACAAGGGCUUCAUCAUGUCCAACAUCUCCAAGAGGUUUACCUGUGGAUGAGUCAAAUGAUGUGGCUAGGAGGGUGAAUAGACAGAUGCUUAGAGAAGAAGCUUUACAUUCUUCUCUCUUCUCCAACGACGAUAGUUCUCUUAACCGAUUUGAAGAUGACUAUCCAGAAUCUGAAAUCAUGUCACCUGUUUCUCGGCAUUCAUGGGAUUAUAUCAACAAGUACGAGAGCCCUUUUUCUUCUUCUUCACCCUUUAGCAGAGCCUCGGGUUCUCCAGAGUCGUCAUCAGUCUGCAGAGAGGCCAAGAAACGGCUUUCUGAAAGAUGGGCAUUGAUGGCAACUUCCAGUGAGAAUCUGCAGGAGGCCAAAGUUGUAGAGAAGAAAGGCGCUAAUAGUACUUUAGGUGAAAUGCUUGCACUUUCAGAUCUUAGAAAUGAAGAAGAAGAAGAAGAAGCAAACGAUGGUAAUGAACAACUGGAUCCUAGAGUGUCUGCAUCUUGCUUAGCUGGUAAUGAACAAAGCAGGUUCAAGCCUCUUAAAAGCCUUACGAGGUCAAAAUCUCUCCCUGAAUCAUCGACAAGUGUUGGUCACAAGGCCCUUCAUGGCAAAACCAAAGCUCCUGAGGAGUUGACAAAGUCAAAGAGCUUGAAAUGGUCUCUGAAAGGUAAAGUCUCAAACUUUCUGUUCUCAAGAAACAAGAAAGCCAGUAAGGAUGAGGAAUCCCAAGUAGUAAACUCUGAAAUCCUGGAUUCUCGUUCUAAUGGUGAAUUUGAUGCAUCCUUCUCUGCCAGAAGCAUGAAUUCUCAGGAGGGAGGCUUAUCAAUUGCAAAGUCGACAACUUUUGGAAACUCUAGCGAGUGGCGUGAUGAGCCGAGUCCAAUAUCGGUCUUGGAAACUUCUUUUGAUGAGGAUGAUGGAAUCUUUUUUAAUUCCUCUGUUUUGAAUAGAUCAUCUGCUUCUCUUGAACCGGAGAUGAUGUCCAUGAGAUCCAACUUACUAGGCAAAUCGCCUCCGAUAGGCUCCAUUGGUCGGAACUUUUCAUUCGAAGACUCAACAGUAGCUCGGUGCUACUCAUCAAAACGCUCUCCUACUUUCACAAGAGACGAGGAAGAAGACUUGCGUCUCCUCAUCAACACACUCUUAUCAGCAGCUGAUCUUGAUGAAGAGUCAGAGUCAUCGUCAUCGUCAAUCUUGGACAGUCUUUUGUCUAAAUGGUAUUCCGUAGAAAGCCCAUUAGACCCAUCUCUGAGAGACAGCUACGCAAACUCACAUCAAAGACUAGGAUCAAACGUGAAGAAGCUUGUGUUUGACCUCGUGAACUCACUGCUCUUGGAGCUAACACCUAGCUAUCUCGGACCACGUAGUAGUCCCAUGGCUCUCUCUGGUAAGACAUUGCGGGUUUAUAUAGUAAACCGGAUGCAAGAAUGUUUAACCGGUAAAGGAAGAGUGGAGGAUCGGUGGUGGGAUGAAGAUGGAGACUUGAGCAGUUUAGCAGUGAAUAAAGUGGUGAGGAUUGAAGUUGCAGGGAUUGGUUCACCGGAGAGUUUGGGAUUUGAAAAGGAUUCCAUGGGAGAGGAAUUAGAGUUAAAGUUGCUGGAGGAAUUAGUGGAAGAGGUUUUGAUGGAUUUGUCUGAAGAACCUAAAUUACUCAUUCCAAGUAUUUGUUAAUCAUAUGAAAUGUAAAUUAUAUGGUCUUAUCGUGUGUAUAAAUAUAUGGUGAAUCUCACAUUGUAUUUUUCUUUGUCUGGUUUCUGUUUUGGGUGAAUGAGAAUGGGAAGUAGUGUUAUAUUA